AUGGCUUUUCGUGCUCUGGGCGCCGCCAUUUUGGGCGCCUCUGGGGCUAUGCCCGCCAUUCUUUCGCCCAAAAGGCGGCGAAAAAUCUCGCGUGCCAUCGGGGGAGGUCGCAGAGACUUGCCGACAAAAAUGGCGGCACCAGCACGAAAAGCCGACGAUGGUAGCACGGCGGCACGGCGCGGCGGAGGGACUUUAGGAGGCCACUCCUCCCUGGCCUCCAGCAGGGCUCGAGAAUUGACUGUGGUUUCUGUAUCUUCUGUAAAGAAAGCAAGGGGAGAGGAAGGUGGGGCAAUAAAUUCAGCCUAAGAAUUCUGGGUGUGGUUAUAGCCAGGUAAAUGUCAAGGUAAAAGAGUUCCUGCAACCAAAGCUUCCUUGGAUAUUGUUGCUGGCUGCACUGAAUUGAAAAGAAUCCAAGGUUUUGAUAAAGUGUUUUUGGUUAAAUAUAUGGCUGUGCCAGAAGUUAACGGCACAUUUUCUAAAAGCUACAUGAACCCUGCAUUUGAGGGGGAUAUUGAAAGUGACAGUCCAAACAAGAAAAAUGAUACUGCAUUUAGAAAUAGAAACUUGGAAAGAGGCAACUCUCUACAUCAUGAGGAAGUAAGAGAACAUGAUGCAAGUGUCAAUAUUGAGAAGGAUGACCGAGUGAGCACACAUGAACCACAAGAUCUUGGGAAACCUGUGUCUCAAAGGUAUCUUGAAAAGAAAUAUGAUACGGUCCUUCACUUUUUCAAGAAACAUAAGACCAGAAUCCGACUGCUGGUUUAUGCAAUAUUGAUAGAAGCUUAUCUGGCAAUGGUGAUUGCGGCCUGUGUCUUGAAUUUUCACAGAGCUUUGCCCCUCUUUGUGCUGACUGUCCUUGGCAUUUUUUUCAUCUGCUGGGACUUUCUGAUAGCCAAAUAUGAGAACAGAAUUGCAAAAUCUCUUUCUCCUGUUGGAAAUUUUCUGAAGAAACAGUGGUUUUGGCUGAAAUGGGUAGUGUGGACCUCUCUAAUAGCUGCCAUUGUGUGCUGGCUUGUCUUUGAUACUGCCAAACAAGGAACAAAACAGCUCAUAUCCUUUGGUGGACUAAUAGUGUAUGUUUUCUUGAUGCUGAUCUUUUCCAAAUACCCAACUAAGGUUGUCUGGAGACCAGUCUUCUGGGGAAUAGGAUUACAAUUUGUCCUUGGACUAAUAACCUUAAGGACAAAAAUAGGAUUUGAUACAUUCAAUUGGCUUGGUAUUCAAGUACAGACUUUCUUGGGAUACACAGAUGCUGGAGCUAAAUUUGUAUUUGGGGAAAAAUACACUGAUCACUUCUUUGCCUUCAAGGUGCUGCCUAUAGUUAUUUUCUUCAGCACAGUGAUGUCUAUGCUCUACCAUAUUGGAUUCAUGCAGUGGCUUAUUAAAAAGGUUGGAUGGGUAAUGCAAAUUACCUUAGGGACAAGUCCUGUUGAAUCCUUAGUUGCAGCUGGCAAUAUAUUUGUGGGACAGUCAGAAUCUCCACUCUUAGUGAAGCCUUAUUUGCCCUAUGUUACAAAGUCAGAACUCCAUGCCAUCAUGACAGCGGGGUUUGCCACCAUUGCUGGAAGUGUCUUAGGAGCCUAUAUUUCUUUUGGGGUUUCAGCUACCCACUUAUUAACUGCGUCUGUGAUGUCAGCACCAGCAGCUUUGGCUAUUGCUAAGCUCUUUUGGCCUGAGACUGAGCAACCCCAGAUAACUUUACAGCAGGGCACAAGCCUUGGGAAAGGGGACUCCCAAAAUCUGUUGGAAGCCAGCCAAGGUGCUUCUUCCUCCAUCUUUCGUGCAAACAUUGCCGCGACUUUGAUCGCCUUCCUUGCCUUGCUGGCUUUCUGUAAUGCUGCCUUGUCCUGGCUGGGAAACAUUGACUAUCCACAGCUCAGUUUUGAGAUAAUUUGUGCCUAUGUUUUUAUGCCAUUUUCUUUCAUUAUGGGAGUAGACUGGGAAGACAGUUUUAUUGUUGGUGGACUUCUAGGUUAUAAGACUUUCUUCAAUGAAUUUGUGGCUUAUGAACACCUAUCAAAAUUGAUUCAGCAGAGGAAGAAUGGAGGGGAAAUGUAUAGCCAUGGUGUAAAACAAUAUUUGAGUAUCCGGUCAGAAACCAUUGCAACUUACGCUCUGUGUGGAUUUGCCAACUUUGGUUCUUUGGGAGUUGUAAUUGGUGCAUUAACUUCCAUGGCUCCCUCUAGGAAGAAAGACAUUGCAAGUGGAGCCUUCAGGGCCAUGAUUGCUGGCACCGUGGCCUGCUUCAUGACUGCUUGUAUUGCAGGAAUAUUAUCUGUGACAGAAGAUCCAUGCACUAGUUUAUUAGAAAACAACUUCAACAUGACCACCAAUAGUACAGAACUAGUUACAUGUUGCUUAAAGCUCUUUAACAGUGCAAACAGUUCCACAGAGAUCUUCCAGAAAACAAACAACAAUUUAACCUUGGCUGGAUGUUGUAAAUUUCUGCACCAACCCACGAUUAACUGCAGUUGGAGGACUAGUUUAUCUUAAACUGUUAUGUUUUUAUAUAGGAGUCAGGAUUUUUUUAGAUUUACCUCCCUGGUGGAUUUGCAGGAAGACAAAAUGGCAGUGGCAUCAUCUUAUCAAUGCUUCACACAAAGCGUAUGUUUUAUUUUGUUUUUUCAUCUUAAACUAGAUUGUCAGGAAUCAAAGUCCCUAAACUUCACUGGAGCCAUAGGAUAAUUGUUUUAUGAUCUGUAACUCUUCACAAGUUCUUGGAUUCUAAUAUGAAUAACUGGCCAUUGCAAAAGAAAUAUUUAAGUAUUUGGAGAUUUGUCAAGUAUUUAUUUAAAACUGCUUCAAAAUAUAUCAUGUCUUCUUUUGCUCACCUUUUUUCUACAUCCCAACAACCACAAACAUGGGCUUCAACUUUAAAACAUCCACAAAUCCCAUCAACAUUUUUAUGGAGUUAUUCACUGCAACCCUACGAUCCCUUUCUUGAUCAGUCACUACCAGCUAUUUGUUCAGGCAUUUUAAACUGGUUUAGGAGGCCAGGCAAUAUAAAUGCACAUUUUAUUUUAGGUCUUUUUAGAUUGUAGCUAGUUUUAGUUUUAUUAUAUUUUUUUUAAUAUCAAAUGUUCUA